UGAACCCCACGACCUUGAGCUGUCCCCGAUUGGCGUCGUCCCAACUUUUUGUGCCUGUGACGUCAUCCCGAUAUCCAGCUGCCUCCCUCCGGAUCGACUCCGAAGCAAUCUUCCCGAAAAUUAAGACGGCGGAAACACGGCAAUGGAUGCGAUUCAAAGUGCGUUAAGGAUUAUUGAUAGCCUAUUAGGGGAGAAUGAAGAUAUCUGCGGACUAGCUAGCAACAACGGGGGCUGCGUGGCUGCAAAUCUGAAGCUCUGACUCGUCAGCUUUGACGAUGAGGGCAUGGCGAAUAAGUGUUUGCUGUUGGACUGAGCAUGGAGCUGGGCUGCUCUCGAUUUCCUCGGGCGACACGCCAAACUGUCGGUGCAAAGCUCAAAAUUGGGUCUACAUGGAAAGACCGUUACCUAUCCCCUACAAAUGUCAAGAUUCAACCUAUCGGACCUAUUUUCAAGCGCCACAUUACGUCCAAGGGGUCGACAGCUGACCCCGGUUCUGCCCCCGAUCGAGAGCGAGUGGUGAUACUCGGUUCAGGAUGGGGAGGCUAUACGCUCUCGAGGCGACUGUCCCCUUCUAAGUUCUAUCCGACCGUCGUUUCCCCUCGCUCGUAUUUUGUUUUCACUCCACUUCUGACAGACGCCGCUGCCGGCUCCCUCAACUUUUCUGAGAUUGUGGAGCCCGUUCGUGAUCGGAAGAGUCAGGUUCAUUAUAUACAGGCUGCUGCUCGGAGUGUGGACUUCAACAAGAAAACUGUUAUGGUUGAGGCUUGCGUUGUCAAAAGCGGGGUGACAGAAUCGCCACGUGUGGAACGAUCCGAAAGGGAGACAGAUCAGGGGCCACAGAUUGGGAACCUUCGGGGAAAGGAAGCCCUGCGAAAGUGGGAAGCGGGUCAGGUAUUCGAGGUACCGUACGAUAAACUGGUUAUCGCCGUUGGCUGUGUUAGUCGUACGUUCAACACACCAGGAGUGAGACAAAAUGCAAUGUUCUUCAAGGACAUAGGUGACGCUAAACGAGUGAAGAGACGGGUGCGAGAAUGCUUCGAGUUAGCUGUCAUGCCCACAACGAGUUUCGAGUUGCGAAAGAACCUAUUGCACUUUGCAAUUGUGGGCGCUGGCCCCACUGGAACCGAAUUGGCCGCUGCACUUUGCGAUUUUCUACACGACGAUAUGUUCCAAAUUUAUCCUACACUGAAAGAUAGCACUCGUAUUACCUUGUACGACGUGGCUCCAAAAGUUCUCAGUAUGUUUGAUAAGACGCUGUCGGAUUAUGCAAUGACCGUCAUGAGCAGAGAAGGUGUGGAGGUGAAAACCAAUCACCAUAUCCAAGAGCUUCGAUGGGGUGAGCCGCACAAGGAUCCGGCCCCUGAGAUGGAUCCAAAGGGCUGCUUGACACUUAAAACGAAGGAAGGAGGAGAAGAAGGCGUGGGAAUGUGUGUUUGGGCCACCGGAAACGAGAUGAAUAAGUUUGUCAACGAUUCUUUGGGCCCACUGGAGCAAUUCCCGACAUUCUCAGCGCUCGUUCAACCCGGCCAUACUUCUCCUAAUGAUCCAAAGUCGGUCGCUUGGAAAAUAAAAAAAGCUCCUAAAACCGGAGCUCUUCUCGUUGAUAACCAUUUGCGCGUCCAGCUCGAGUCCGAAGACGGUAGAAGGGCUGUGAUGCAAGAUGUCUUCGCCCUGGGUGACAACUGCAUGCUGGAAAGCGAUUCUCCUCCUGCAACAGCACAGGCCACUAAUCAAGAAGCGUGCUGGCUAGCAAAACGGCUCAAUAAAGGAGGUAUUGGCCAAGAACCGGGCUUUUCGUUCAACAACUUUGGCAUGAUUGCGUAUCUUGGGAGCUCGAAGGCUUUAAUGCAGAUUCCAAGCAGCGAACACCUUCCCAAGGGUAUCAAGGGCCGCACAGCGUGGUUAAUAUGGAAAGGAGCAUAUUUAACUAUGAGUUUGAGUUGGAGAAACAGGUUAAGAAUUCUGUAUUCCUGGAUGUCCAAUUGGGCGUUUGGAAGAGAUAUUUCGAGGUAUUAGGUAGGGAAAAUUUCCGAGCCUGAAAGAACGCAGACUGGGAAAUUUUAAUUGCAUCGCCAUGUUGACUCUGUAGUCAAAAUGAAAGGUACGAAGAAUUCGAACUCAUUGACCAGUAA